AUGCACUUCUUCAAAACCAUCUCCUUCCUGGCGGCCCUCGUCUCCAUAGCGACCGCAGUCCCUGCUCCCUCAGCAUGCACAACCAUCUACCCUAGCAUCGCACGCGUCGAUGCUGCCCAGCCGGUAGCCUCCUACCUCCCAGGCUUCAGAGUCUCCCAGGAGGCAAACGCCGCCAAGAAGCAAGACACAUUCAUCGAGUUUACCGUCCCGCAGGGCGUCUGGGGUUGCACGCUCUCCUACUCCAUCCCUGCCGGCACACCGGUCAACACCGUCGGGCUUGCACCCGUGGAGGUCUUUUCAGCUGGCCCGCUGAGCCGCUCGCCAAGAGGUAUUGAUAUCUCUUGGGACUAUUGCCCGGCGCCAAUAAGUCUGGUCGGUAGCGUGAAAUUCGAGUCUGGAGCGAGUAAUCGGGUGAUCAAUAGCUUCGCCUGUGCCGGUACCAUGACCUACAGGCUGAGUAUUUCGAAUGGAUAUAGCAGCAAGACAAGCGUCGAGUUUGCGCAGGCGCCGGGAGUUGGGCUGCGGAUGAGUUAUAAUUGCUGA